AUGGACAAGGAGCACCACAUCCAGGGCUUCGACUUGCAAUCCGCCUUCCACCUCCACGACCUCAACUCCGACAACAUCCUCGAGGCCUCCGAGGUGCUCAAGCUCUACGGCGUCGACCACGAGACGGCCAUCGACCAGUCCGACUCCGUCGACCACCACAACUCCGUCGCCGCCCGCAUCCUCACCGAGGUCAUGGACAAGCUCGACCUCAACAAGGACGGCCUCAUCACCAAGUCCGAGUUCGUCGCCGUCGUCAGCCAACACGGCCUGCCCACCUUCGACGACAUCUCCGGGCUCGGCCACCAUUACGAUGAAGAAGGCGAAUACUUCCUCCAUCACGAAGAGAUGUUCCACAGCAGUCCGGAGUCGCAGCGGGAGGAAGCGUAUGUGCAUCCGGAAGACAUUGCCCAUUUCUCCCACCACGAGGAGCUCGAGGUGAAGGAGGACGAGCUCGCGCGGGUGGCCCAAGGCCUGCCGGCGGACGUGAACACGCUCGCCUACCGGCGCCAGCGCCAGCGCCACGCCGACCUCGACCUCGAGCGCGAACGCCGCCUCGACGCCGUCCGCGCUCAGGCCGCAAAGUACAGCUCCUUCCACGACGAGGCCCAGCGCCGCGGCUCCUGGGCGGGCUUCAAGAAGCCCGUCGAUCAGGCCGACAGGCUGCGCAAAAACAUCCCCUACAAGUACAAGCUUCGGAAACCGUUCCUUGGAGAGUUUUGA